AUGUUAGAGCCAGCAUCAACAGCAGCUGAGAGUUCAGAAGAAAACCUUCCCCACACUCCAACCUCCCUUCAACUCUCACCUGACAGCUCAGACGGGGUGUCUGUGUCAAGCCAAGCGGGAUCCACUCAUCAACUGGACUAUCUCUUUCUGUCACUCUGUGAGACAGGCACCGUGAGCAUGAGCAGACAUGACAGCUCUUCCAACUCAGAGAUCUCUCUGGAACAGAAGUCAUCAGAUGAUGCUAUUAAGGACAUUGCUCCCUCGCCUUUUUGCACUGAUUCCUCAUCAUCCUCGGUUUCUCACGCUAGCCCCAGUCCAUGUCUUUUUGCCAGUGGAAGGUUGGCUAACCACUGUUUCAGUGCUCCGUGCAUGCCUUUGCCAUCAUCCACUUCCUCUCCUCUGCCACAUCACUGUGCCUCAAGUGUCUUCCAGUUUGACAAACCUUAUUCCUCAGCAUCAUUCGAGGGCGGGGACAGGCAAACGCCCCCUCCGCUUCCACCGAAGCCUAAUCACCUGUCAGAGCAGCUGAAUGAGGAACGCGCUUACAGUCGGAAGAUAAUGCCUGCACCUCCUUUUUCAGACCCCACCGCAAUGAUUUCCAGGAGAAUCUCUUUCUCAGGCCUGGAACAUUUCAGAACAGGGGAUGCUGAGAGCAGAGCAAUGAUGCUCAGGAGACAGAGUCUUAAUUUGCUGCCACAUUUAAAUGGCACACAAAUUCAAAGCCAUGAGGAUGAGUCAUACGUCCCCAUGACGUCCCCUCUCUCCGUUACCAGCGGAGAUGGUGACGGUUACAUUCCAAUGAGUCCCAGGACAUUCAUGUUCCUGAAUUCAAAUGGCACUGAUGACUCUUGCACACCCAUUGGACCACUAAUGGACCUCUGUGGAGAUCCUUCACCACCACCAGUCCACCGGCACCUCAAGCCUCGCAGGAGAGCUCGACCUCCACCUCUUGACCUAAGAGGCCUCUCUACAAUCACAGAAUGUCCCACUCAUUUUCCGCUGAGCAGAACACUGAUUAAAUCAUGUGUUUUGCCAAACUCUCUACCACUUGAAAGAAGAAAUGAAAAUGUGGAAAAUGCAAGGGAUGAAGGCCUAAGCUGCAACGCAAAUUUGUUUAUGGCCUUUGAGGGAGCAGUUCAACCAUGGUUAAGGAGAACAAACCUCGAUUACUUGUCCCUGGAUUUUAAUUCAGCAUCUCCGUCUCCUGUGCAGAAGCAGAAGCCCUUUCUGCCUGAUGAGUACAAAGUGGAUUACGUGCAGGUGGAUGAAAAGAAAACUCAGGCUCUCCAAAACACAAAGAUGGAGUGGACAGAUGUCCGGCAGUCAAAAACCUGAAUGAAAAUUACAUCAAAUCAGAGACACAUCAGCACGGAGACGUCACAACAAGGAACAAAUGCAAUUUAAAAGUACUUUUGACAAAUCCUUUUGAAAUAACAGCAAUAAAUGAGAUUCUCAUUUCUGGAGUAGAGACACUGAAGUGAAAUGUAAAACUACCAAUCUCUGUAGCUCCUUGUUGGAACUAUUACCUGAUCGUGUUUGUGUCACAGUGAUCAUAAGACUUUAACAACAACAUUGAAAAGUUCAUGACAUUGCUUCAGUGUUGUCAUUUUAAAAAUGUCUAUCAGCAAUUCUGAAAUAACUGCAAAGGAAAAUACAGUCAACAACAUAUAAAUGCAACAGUUUUGUUUUCAUUCCUUUUACAUGCACAGAAAAAGUUUAUUUCUCUUGAAUUUUGUUCACAAAUUUGUAAAAAUCUGUUUUAUUCAGCACUUCACCUUUGCCAACAAUAAUCCAUCAUCAAGGUUGGGUAGGAUUACUUUGAAAUGUAAUCCAAAAGUAAUAAGAUUACAAGUAAUCCAAAUGUAUGUACAUACAUACAUGUAAUCCACAUGUAUUCUUUCAAAGUAAUCCUACCCAACCUUGUCCAUUAUCUUGGUUGGUGUGGCCUUUCAAGAUGCUAAUUAAAGAGCAUGAUUAUUAUUUUGACUGGUCACAGUUAAAGGUCACUCUAAAAUUUGCAGUUUUAUCACACAAGAUGAUGCCACAGAUAUUACACAUUUUGAGGGAGCAUGACAGGAAUGUCCACCACAGCUGUUGUCCUUGAAUUGAAUGAUCGUUACUAUAAGUCUCAGUGUCAUUUCUUACCACUUUCACAACUGCAGGCCACAUGUAACCAGGCCAGUCCAGGACUGCCACAUCUGACUUCAUCACCUAAUAUAGAGCUUUUUUGAAGAUUGACAUGUUUGAAAGUGAAAAAAUUCAAGGUAAAUGAACCAUUUGGGUGCAUAUGUGUUUGAUCUUUUAUGUCCAUUCAUGAAAAUGAAAGCAUUACAUUUUUUUAUAUAUUUCAAUGGCAAAAUGUUUUAAAUAUUUCAAUCCACAUGAUGUAAAUAAAAGUGUAAACAUG